CUUUUUAUUUGAGGUAAUUUAUGGCUGAAAAUGACAAAAAUACAACUCAAAUUACUGCAUUUGCAGGUGAAAAUCCCAAAGUAGACCUUCCUGCAAAAGAAAAGGAAACCAGGGAAAAACCAACUGAAGGAGAAAAAAUGAACCCUUCAUCAAAAGAGGUAGAAAUGACCUCUACCCAAUCAACAUCUCAAGUUGGGCAGGAAGCUAUUAAUAGCAUGACUGCCUCCAUGGAUGGGAUCAAACUUAAAAAAAGACUAUCUGGUGCACAGAAAAAGAAACUUGCCCGAGAAAAGAAGAUGGCUGAAGGUACCUGGGUUGAAAAACCCAAACCAAAGCAGAGAGGCGAGAAAAGACAAAGCCAAAGGAUGGAACAAGAUGUAGCCCCAAAGGCUGCCAGGAAAGAAGGACCUGAAGGCAUAACCUUUAAGGAAGCUCUAACGGCAGUCAAAACGGCUGUGAUUCUUGAAGGACAUCCUCUUGAGCGCUUAUCCGAAGAACAGGCCCUAGACCUUGAGUUCUUGAUAACUGAAAAAAUUUCUAGAAAUGAAGAGGGUUUUGUCCCCACUUUUCUUUCUUGCAGACUAGAAAAUGGGGCACUUAUCAUCAAUUGUGCAGAUCUGGGGAGCUCUAAGUGGCUGGAACAGAUUGUAGUUGAGAUAAACCCAUGGCAGGAGCAAACUCUCUUGGUAGGAGAGGCAAGGAAACUUGUCAGAACUACUAAGAUCAUUGCUANGAGGCACAAAAUGGUGGGCUUACUCCAACCGAAUGGAACAUACUUCAUCGGAAGAACGAACCAUCAGGACAGACCAUCGUCCUUAGCGUGCCUGAACUGGACGCGGCAACACUUGGCAAAAGGGGAUAUAAAUUUUAUAUCGGACUUCACCAUGUUCAAGCCAAAGUCCUAG